AUGGGUAUUAAAGGACUUCACGGUCUCCUGAAAUCGAUCCAGAAGCCAUGCCAUCUUAAAUCGUUCGCUGGCCAGACCCUAGCAGUGGACGCCUACGGAUGGCUCCACCGCGGUACCGUGGCCUGCUCCGUGGACCUGGUCCUAGAUCGGCCGACCAGAAAGCACAUCGAUUAUGUCCUUCAUCGAGUCCGCAUGCUGCUCUACUUCGGUGUCAUACCCUACAUGGUAUUCGAUGGCGACAAUCUCCCCAGCAAAGCUGCUACCGAGCAGGACCGCCACAAGCGUCGUCAAGAAAGCAAGGCCUUGGGACUGGAGUUGCAACGCAAGGGCAGAAUUGCCGAGGCCUACCAGGAAUUUCAGAAGGCGGUCGACGUCACGCCCUACAUGGCUCGCCAAUUGAUUGAGGAAUUGAAGAAGAUAAAUGUACAGUAUGUGGUGGCACCCUACGAGGCCGAUCCACAGAUGGUGUAUCUUGAAAAGCAUGGAAUUGUACAAGGUAUCAUCUCUGAAGACUCGGAUUUGUUAGUCUUCGGAGCGAAGCGUCUGCUUUCAAAAUUGGAUCAGCAUGGUGAUUGCAUUGAGAUCAACCGAGCAGACUUCACAGCCUGCCGAGAUGUGAGCCUUGUGGGAUGGAGCGAUGUGGAUUUUCGCCAGAUGUGCAUUCUGAGUGGCUGUGACUAUCUGGCCAAUAUCCCAAAGAUGGGAUUGAAGACGGCGUACAGGAGCAUCCGCAAGCACAAGAACGUGGAGAGGGCAUUGCGUAUGCUUCAGUUUGAUGGACAGUAUAAGGUGCCAGCUGACUAUCUGAAGAACUUCAAACAAGCAGAGAACACUUUCCUUUACCAGUGGGUGUUCUGCCCCAACGACAAGAAGCUUGUGAACUUCAACACCCUCGAAGAUGGGGUGGAUCCUGCGGAAAUGCCAUACAUCGGAGAGCAUGUGGAUGUGGAGAUCGCCGCAGGGGUCGCGUCUGGAGAGCUUGAUCCGACUACCAAGGAGAAGAUUGACCUGGAACCAUUGACCGCAGGUAAAUUGCCCCUGGGCAUUAGUCGCCGCCAGACCCUGGGUUCUUCUUCAGAGCUGAAACCCAGCAAGCCAAUCAAUUCGUUCUUUACCCCGAAGCGAAUGCCGCUCGCCGAGCUGGAUCCGAACAGCUUGACUCCCUCCCCGAGCCAGCAACGCCUCCUCGAGCGGAAUGCGAACAAUUCUUGGCAAGCCAACUCGGCGCCCUUACGCUCUAACUCCACGAGGGCAACCCCACUGCGCGCGUUCUCAGCCCAAGGGCUCAGUCCCAUGGUUCGCAGCGUGGAACGGUCCUCCUUCUUGGCCCAGAGUACCAGAGCGCCAACUCUGCCCUCAACCAAGAGACAGAGGCUGUGCUCUGAGACCGAAGACUCGCUGCUCCCUGCAUGCCCCACUGUCCAGAGUCGCUUCUUUGCCUCUGGUGAACAGGCCAGCCCUAGCGGACAGAAGCUGUCUCGAACUAAGAAGCCUCGCAAGUCUACCCUGGAUGUCUUCUCUGAUGAAGUGGCAGAGGACAUAUUCUCCCAAAUCCCAAACCCAACGGAGAAAGGAGAACCUGGGGUUGCGGAAGAAUAUGACGUGAGAGCUGAACCUGGGAGUGCAGAGCCGAACCCCCCCGCCAAAGAAGCUCCUCAGGAAGAGUCUGCCAAGGAUACUGAUCCAUCCGACGAGUCAAAUUUCAACAAGGUUCUUGAUUAUCAUGUCCAGCGGCAGAACUCGAGCAUCGCUUCAAAGUUUUCUUUUCAAGCAGGAUCCAAAGCUGCUUCUCCCACCCCCCGUGCUCCUGCUACUAGAAUCCCCGUGAUGCAAGCUCGCCGGAACCCCCUUCCAUCUCCCCGAACUCCACGCAUGACAACACAAACCAGCUUACCCCCACGGCAGCGCUUGACUCCGAUGCAACAGCUGAAGCAUCAUGCGCUUACACGGUCUCGUUCCAUCAAUUUUCCUGCAAGCCUUCGCCAUACAGAUUCUUCCGAAUCACAAUCUGAUGAGUCCUUUAUUACUACCGAAGCAAAUACACCACUGGGCAGCGAAGACUAUAUGGUGCCGAACAGCAGUGACGAAGAUGAAGUAGUUACUAGCUUUGGACAAAGUUCAUCUCUGGAUUUGAAGCGUUUCUCGUUUGCCGCCAAAUAA